GCGGUGGUUUUAACGGUGUGGUUGUCGAGGCGGUUACCACGGGGAUCAUUGCCAUGACCGCCACCACGGCAACCGCUAACGAGCUGUGAGGGAGAGGAGGCUCAGGUUGCCGGUUUGGUGCCGGGGGACCCAGGAGCCAGGCAGCAGGAGAGACGAUGAGGAGGAAAAGGAGAAGCUGAGAGAGAUUUGAGUUUGAAACGUCAGCUGAGAGGAAGCGAGGAGAGGAAGAGGAAAGCAGAAGUGACCGGCUCUGAGGACGACGGUUCUGCAGAGUUUCCCCUGCCGGGUUUGAACCUUCAUGCUUCAGUGAGUCCGUCUGGUUCCCCCCGGGUCCGGAGAUUUGUUUGGGUUUCAGAGAGGACGGAUGAGCAGCUGAAGGUUGACUGACCAUCUGACCCUCUGAUCAGAACCGGGCCUCGCUGGCGGCCAUGGCGGCCCGACUACUCCUCCUCUUCCUCUCCCUCUCCCUCUUCCUGUUCGUCUCCAUGGCGAUCGGAGACGCUCAGUUCCCGUCCGGACAGCGGAUGAAGCCGCGCAUCCAGAGAGACAGACGCAACAUCCGGCCGAACAUCAUCCUCAUCCUGACGGACGACCAGGACGUGGAGCUCGGAUCCAUGCAGGCCAUGAACAAAACGCGCCGCAUCAUGGAGGAGGGCGGGACCUUCUUCUCCAACGCCUUCGUGACCACGCCCAUGUGCUGCCCGUCGCGUUCGAGCAUGCUCACUGGGAAGUACGUCCACAACCACAACACCUACACCAACAACGAGAACUGCUCGUCGUUGUCGUGGCAACGCCAGCACGAACCGCGGACCUUCGGAGUCUACCUCAACAACACGGGAUACCGAACAGCUUUCUUUGGGAAGUACCUGAACGAGUACAACGGGUCGUACGUUCCCGCUGGGUGGAGGGAGUGGCUGGGCCUGGUGAAGAACAGCCGCUUCUACAACUACACCCUGAGCCGCAACGGCGUCCGGGAGAAACACGGAGCGCAGUACCCUCAGGAUUAUCUGACUGACCUGAUCACAGCCGAGUCCAUCCGCUAUUUCCGCUCCUCGAAGCGGAUCUACCCGCACCGGCCGGUCCUGAUGGUUCUGAGCCACGCCGCGCCGCACGGACCCGAAGACUCGGCGCCGCAGUUCAGCAACGCCUUCGCCAACGCAUCACAGCACAUUACUCCCAGUUACAACUACGCCCCAAACCCAGACAAGCACUGGAUCAUGCGCUACACGGGCCCCAUGAAGCCCAUCCACAUGGAGUUCACCAACGUGCUGCAGAGGAAGCGGCUGCAGACGCUGCUGUCUGUGGACGACAGCGUGGAGCAGCUCUUCAACAUGCUGGUGGAGACGGCAGAGCUGGAGAACACCUACAUCAUCUACACGUCCGACCACGGCUACCACAUCGGGCAGUUCGGCCUAGUUAAAGGUAAAUCCAUGCCGUAUGAGUUUGACAUCAGAGUCCCGUUUUACAUCAGAGGACCGAACGUGGAGCAAGGCGGCAUAAACCCCCACAUGGUCCUGAACAUCGACCUGGCUCCCACCAUCCUGGACAUCGCGGGCCUGGACACGCCGCCGGACAUGGACGGGAAGUCCAUCCUGUCCCUGCUGGACACGGACAAACCUGCCAACAGGUUCCAGGUGAGCAGGAAGCCGAAGGUGUGGAGAGACUCGUUCCUGGUGGAGAGAGGGAAGUUGCUGCACCAGCAGGUGGAGGGGAAGGAGGUUUCUCAGGAGGAGAACUUCCUGCCCAAACACCAGCGAGUCAAAGACCUGUGUCAGAGAGCCGAGUACCAGACGCCCUGCCAGCAGACCGGACAGAAGUGGCAGUGUGUGGAGGACGCGUCCGGAAAACUGCGGCUCUUCAAGUGCAAGAAUGAAGGGGGCGGACCCAAGGUCUUCCAGAGGGGCGUGGCCAGCCUCCAGCAUCCAAUCAGCAUCAAGUCUCAGCUGUACGCUCCCAACCCGGAUGCCUGCAACUGCGACUUCAGCGACCUCCUGCCCUCGAGCCUCCGGCCCUCCGUGACGACGUCGUUCAAGAACAAGUCCUUCUUCUCCAAGAAGAAGUUUAAAACCCUGAAAAGCUUCUCAAGGAACCGCUACAGCCGCUCGCUGUCCGAGCUGAACGGUUACCCUGGCAACCAGACCCUGGUGGGCGGAGCCAGUCAGAACGAACCCGAGGACGAGUUCAGCGGGAUGGGAGGAGUUACCGAUGCACCGGCGCCAUCUAGCGCUGUCAGAGUGACUCACAGGUGCUCCAUCCUGUCCAACGCCUCUGUGAAGUGCGACACCAGAGUUUAUAAAUCUCUGCAGGCCUGGAAAGACCACAAGCUGCACAUCGACCACGAGAUCGAGACUCUGCAGACCAAGAUCAAGAACCUGAGAGAGGUCAGAGGUCACCUGAAGAAGUCCCGCCCCCUGGAGUGCGACUGCAACAAGUACCUGUACAAAGCCAAACUGAAGAAGAAGCUUCGCUUCAGAGGAGGAAGCCUUCAUCCCUUCAGCAGGAAGGGCGGGGCCUGGAAUAAGAAGAGCUGGCUUCAGAAGGAGCAGAAGAGGAGGAAGAAGAUGAGGAAGAUAAUCAAGAGGAUCAGGAACAACGACACGUGUUCGAUGCCUGGACUCACCUGCUUCACACACGACAACCAGCACUGGCACACCGCCCCCUUUUGGACAUUGGGAUCGUUCUGCGCCUGCACCAGCGCCAACAACAACACCUACUGGUGCCUGAGGACCAUCAACGAGACGCACAACUUCCUGUUCUGUGAGUUCGCCACCGGAUUCCUGGAGUACUUUGACCUGAGCACCGACCCGUACCAGCUGAUAAAUGCCGUCAGCUCGUUGGACCGGACGGUUCUGAACCAGCUGCACGUCCAGCUGAUGGAGCUCAGAGGCUGCAGGGGUCACAAGCAGUGCAAUCCUCGCACGCGCUCAGUAGAGCUGGAGGUCCAAUCUGGGACGGAUGGAAGGGAUAAGCUUCCUGAUUGGCUGACACCGGCUCCAGACUCCGCCCACCACAGCCGUCUGAAGCAGGAAGGCGUGGCCAUGGAGGUGACAUCACAGAUCGACCGCCACGCCCCUGUGUCGGCGGUCAGCCAAUCACCUUCUGCUACUUUUGUGACAUCACUGGGAGGAAAUGCUGGACGCGCCUCUUCAUCAUCUGCUCCUCCCUCCUCUUCCUCCUCUCCGUCGGGCUGCUGCUGUCGCUCCGAGGAGGAAGAGGAGGAAGAGGAGGCUGAGGCAGGAGGAGCAGGAGGAGAACAGGGAAAGGAAACAUUUAGAAAGCAUCGCUGUUAAAGUCGCAUCUUCCCAGAUAAAUUCCUCCUUAUUCUUGUCUGAUUUUGAAUUAAAUUUGAGAAAAUUUCUUCUUUUUAGAAAGUUGAGUCAGAAUCCUUCCUCCUCCUCUUCCUCCCAUCGGCCGCCUUCAUCUCGUGUUUUGUAUUUAGUUUGUCUGCGAGGCGCUGAAGGACCGCUUCGUGUUUGACGUCGCCACUAAUGUGGUCAUGUGAUUUCCUCCUUUAACUUCACUGUUGGUUACCAUGGUGACCGACAGCAUUACUAACCCACGGCGCGCCACCGCCGCGAGAAGACGACGAGAACUUUUCUGAUUGGAGGAGGAGUUCCUGACGUCUCGUGAGCCAAUCAGAGACAGGACUCUGUUUUUGUGUGUGUUUGAACCGUCCAAUCACCUUCCUCCUCCUCCUCCUCCUCUUCCUCCUCCGUUUUAUCCACUGAGCUGAUGGAGGAACGGAUCUGGAGGAAGGAAAGGUUUCCAGGAAAACAUGACUGGACUCACACAGGAAGUUGAGAUGUCAACUUCCUGUCUGCAGAGUUUCUCUAGUAUUCAUUCAUAAAGUAGUUUCUGUUCGGUAAGGGCAGAGAUUUGCUCUGUUGGGCGGGACAUGACGUCUUUACUCUGCAGUUUUAACUCUGAUUUCCUACAUUUCCUACAAUGCCUUCAUGAAUGUGUGGAGUUGCUGUUCAACAUGUCAGCUUCCUCCUGCUAGCUCUGCUAGCUAUCAAAAAUCAGAAAAUGCCGAGUCAUUGGUUGCUAUGGCGAUCCCCUCCUUAAGAGACGUGCAGGUGGAGAAAUUCAGCAAUAUUAUAAAUCACAACAUGAACAUGAUUAUGUUUUGGUUGAAACUUGUAAAGACUUUAUGGUGAAUAAAUGUGAUGUUUUCUGAUCUGCUCAGAAACUAUGGAAACCCAUUCAUACCAUGAAACAGGAAGUCAUAUUAUUAACCUUUAUAGUAUCAUUCUUGUUGUUACUACCAGAGCUUCUGUUAGUAAUACUUGUACCUAUGAGAAUAUUGAAGAUUAUUACUUUAUUUAAUGUACUGCAUUAAUAAAGAACCUGAGAGAAGAAUGAAGGUAGAAAGAGGAAACAUCGAUCAAUGUUUUUCAAUAAGUUUAUUCUUUUAUCUAUUCCUUUGAACGUUUAUAACUUACUGUUUUGUUUUUGUACUUUACAUAUAUUGAUGUUAAUAUUCCAUUAACAUCAAUAUAUGAAUAUUUUAAAAUCAGAGGAAGCACGGCCGUUUUCCUCUUUAUUCUGACUUUAAAACUUGUAUUUAUGACUUCCUGUUUUCUUUCUUUAAUGGCAGGAAUGGGCUUCCAUAUGAAUCUCCUCUUUCUGCAUUAAAAUGUUUUUAUGAUUUGAGUAAAACGGAGGAUCUGCUGGAAGCAGGCUGGUUGAUUCUGUGUGAUUCGGACUCUGGACCUGUGAAGGUUCACGUUGGGUUCAGUCCGUCUGACCCAGAGGUUGCUGGUUCUGGGUUCAGUCCGUCUGACCCAGAGGUUGCUGGUUCUGGGUUCAGUCCGUCUGACCCAGAGGUUGCUGGUUCUGGGUUCAGUCUGUCUGACCCAGAGGGUGCUGGUUCUGAUCCAGAAGCUGUUGGAGAAGUUCCCUCCUCUCCGGUGUGAAUCCAGUCCGUCUCGCUCCGAUCCGCCAACCUUGGUUGUGUUUGAAUGUAAAAGUUUAGAUGUGUUUUUAUUUGUAAAGAUCGGGCCGGUUCUGACCGGACUGGACACGCAGAAGGACAAACUGCAGAGCACUUUGACUGAUGGAUGAUUGUUGCAGCCCCACUGACCGGUGGAAACACGGGUCACUGAGUUUAGUCUGUGAAUAAAGUGUUGAACGCCAAA